CGGGCUGUCGCACACUGGCGAAUCCCCAGGUAAAACGGCCUAGAGCAGACGAGAGGCGCUGGGACACCCGUCCAGUCACAAAGAAACAUGAUUACCAACAGUACCGAUUACAGCGGGGUAGAACUGCCCGUGUGAGCUGGGUUGUAGAUAUCGCGUGGAUCUUUACUGGCAUCGAGUAGACGCGAGCAUACAGGAGCAGACGGCAGUUGUCGUCUGCCUCUACAAGCCGACUGGAACAAGCAGACGAUACCAAAGGAUACUACUGUAUUUGUGUAUACUGGAAAGAUACCGAGAUGGAAUCGAUCGCGGAAAUAUCCAAAUCAAAAGAAGAGAUGCAGCUUGAAAUAGAAGCUCUGCAGAAAGAGGUUACCACGAGCCGUGACGCCAUGCAUCGGACUCAGGCCUGCUUUCAUCAGCACCAAGCGAAAGCUAAUUUUCUCACCACAUCAUUGCAGGCACAGCUUCGGCACAAAGACCAGGAACUUCGUCGACUGGCACUGAAACAGGAGCGCCAGGUGGAGAAGAUUGUGUCCCAUCUGUUAUUUCUUGAAGGACAGAUAAGAAAAGAUCAGAAAAAUGUGGUAAAUGUGUUGCUUGAGAAAGACAAAAAAAUUAAAUCACAAAAGGCAGAAAUCGAUGAUUUAAGGGAUAAAAAUAACAAAUUGGUUGCAGCCUUGAAAGAACUUCACAUGCCCCAAGGCACCAAUGGUAUCACCCCUGAAAAACAUUACGUAAAGUCUGAUGGAGAGGGACAAAACCCUGUCAAAACUCCUCGAGAUAAGGACAAAUUGCACAAGCUUCGAUUCAGUGGUAUGCGUGACAGACUACGUCGACAUCGUAGCAGUUUUGAACUGCAUCAUCCUGAGCCACUGGAGACUCUAGAGGAGACCACCGUCAGGUCCUGUAGCCAGGAGAACCUUGCCGACGAGAACAAGGACGCAAAGGUGGAGCGGAGGAUGAGUGUUCCAGGAAAAGAACGACCUCGCAGUAUGAUUGAAAUGUCGCCAAGAACCAACGAAUAUCCAUUGUUGGAGUUUCCACAAGAAUUUGACUUGACUCAUGAUUAUGAGGAUGAAGUUUAUGAUAAGAUUGACGAUGACGACAUUUUUACAAAACGGCUGUGAUGAGCCAGCAGAUAUUCCCAAGUCAUAUUCGCUGCCUCAGGAUCUGUCUCGCAUCGCCAACGGCAACCAUUCGGAGGUGAAGGAAAGGCCACAUUCCAUGUCAAGUGUCGAUAUGUAUGCAUUGGACAAAAUGUCUAAAUCCCCUGGUCACAAGCAGCAGAAUCACAAACCACAUCAACAGCAACAUCAUCAACAGCAUCACACGAGCUCCCCGAGUGAAUCAAAUCCAUUCAAGAGCAUAAAGACGAUGUUAAAGAGAAAAGGGAGCAAACUCCGCAAGAAGCGUUCUGUCUCUCUCCCUCAAGGAACCAAUCAGGAGUAUGCUGAAGCCUUAAAGAAACACUUCGAGAAGUACGACCUGUCUUGAUGAGGAGGACAACUCUGAUGGACACUCUAUACCAUCCUCAGUACAGAACCACAUGUACAAGCGCGUAGCACGUUACCUUGAACAAAUGUGUUCCAUUAGAUGGUAGCCUCUGAUAACUGCUCCAUCUUCUCUUACUGCCUAGCUAGUCAAUGCAGUAAGCAAAAAAUGAUUUUCCAAUGGAAAAAUUAAUUUUGAUUGGAGACUGAUGUCCCUUGCAACUGGGCAAUGGCUUCAAAUAUAUCUGACCACUUGUCCAACCUAUGCCUGUGAUAAACAAGAGUUCAUUUCUUCAGUUAUUGGACCAUAACCACUGUAUUGUGUAUAUUGCCUUGAAAUGCCUGAGUGUGUGGCUGUUUUUGGCCGAUGUGUCUGUGUACUGGAAUCAGUUGUGACAGAGUUCAACAGGAUUAGCUGGUGGGAUUCUUCCUGACAAUGUGAGAGGAUGUGAUGAUAUGAGAUCACAGCCUGUGCUAGUGAGAUGUUUGAAUAUUAGGGACCGUUCAUAAUUUAUGGCUUGGGGUGUGUGUGUGUGUGUGUGUGAUGAUGAUUUUUAUGGAGAAGCAUGUACAAUGUGAAUGACCCCCCUAAAAUGUAUGUACAAAG